AUGAAAAAAUGCCGCACAUUUAUUUUUUUCCGUUCUGAAUCUUUCUUGAAAUUUAGGGACAUUUUUCCACCUGACGUUUCGCAACUGCAAAGGUUUUGA